AUGGAUACGAGAAGAGAUAACCAAAACGGCAUGAGUUUCCGCGGAUCAUCUCAAGCUCCUCCUAUGAUGAGUAAUCAAGAAUAUAUCCGUACAUUGUCAUCCUCUCAGAGCAACAGACCGAGGAAGCUAAUAACGACAAGUUACUUCAGUUUAGAGUCAAUGGUUGUCCUUGUUGGUCUCACAGCAUCUCUCUUGAUCCUUCCUUUGAUUCUUCCACCAUUGCCUCCUCCUCCUUUCAUGCUGCUUCUCAUUCCUAUUGGGAUUAUGGUUCUGCUUAUGGUUCUUGCUUUAAUGCCUUCUUCUUCUUAUUAUAAUGCCAAACAUGUAACAACAAACACUUAUAUGUAA